CAACCACAGGCUCUACAACAUGAGAUGCACCAACAGUACGAGCAAUACAUCCAAGAGCCUCAUUUAAACGUUUCAGAAGUUCAUAACGACUAUUCAUCAUACAACAUUGGUCCCACAAAGAGAGCACCUGUUUAUCGCAUAGCUAAAGACGGAAACGGAGUACUAGAGUACAUGUCCUGGGGCCUUGUACCGACCUGGACAAAGAGACCUAAUGAAUUCACACAGUACAAGACGUUCAAUGCUAGAAAAGAGGCGAUAAUUGAAGGUUCAAAACUUUGGGCAAGCGUUUCAAAAUUUCACAGAUGUGUUAUCCCUGUCGAAGGGUAUUAUGAAUGGCAACAAAGGUCCAUUGGAACGACGAAAAGAAUAGAAAAGGUCCCCUAUUAUAUCAAACGUAAGGAUGGAAAGGUUAUGUUCCUCGCUGGAUUAUGGAGUAAAACCAUCUUGGAGAAUGAAGACAAAUUUGAGAGCUACACUGUCGUAACUGGUCCUGCACCUGAGAAGAUGGAAUGGCUUCAUCAUAGGAUGCCUAUCGUCCUUGAGCCAGGGUCAAAGGAAUGGGAACAGUGGUUAGGGAAAAAUGGGCACUGGGAUAAAGAAAUAGCUCAAGUUGCACUUGAUGUUCAUGACCAUGACGAACUUGAAUGGUAUCAAGUCACCAAAGAUGUUGGAAAGAUGUCUAAUGAUGGGCCACAACUUGUCAAGCCCGUGAAAAAGGGAGGUAUCACAGCGUUUUUUAAGAACAACGUGGUUAAGGAGGAGGAGCAAAAUGUCUUGAAUCAUAAUGAGAAGACUCCCAAGGUUAAAUUCAAGGAAGAGGAGGGGACAGAUCACGAGGACGAGCGCAAGGUGGAGGGCCCAAAGACCGAUAAUAAGAGGCCAUCAGAGUCAAUUGCUGAAAGAAUACACUCAAAGAAGCACAAGGUAAAAUAACUAUAUGAAUUUAAAGACUAUUGAAUCUAACCAAGGAGUUGAGCAAUUCAGCUCCAAUUUUGACACUAUCAAUGAAUUUCACGCCAUCAAAUUCAGCCUCCAGCUUCGCUUCUAACCCAGAGAGACCUGCACAACCCAACAAGACUGUCUUUGCCCCGGAAUCCACACAGAUGCGCGCCUUUUCAACCAACUUCUUGAAGUACUUUGGAUCACCAAGCUUCAGCACUUCAACAUUUGAUGCCACUGUCCCAGUGAAUAGUGGCACAUUCGCACCACCAAACAGGUGAUAAACCGCAUCGUCGAGGAUCUUCUCCCACGAGGACGUGGAGGUCAAGAUACCAAACUUAUCAGGGCUCUGUGUGAGGGCAUAAGUAACGCUGGCCUGGAAUAUACCCAAAACCGGUUUGGCAGUAUGCUUCCUCAAUUCGUAGAUUAACGGGUGG